AUGUCUUUGGUUUGUUUCUGGGCUGCACUGUUGCUGGCGUGGCCCCAGGUGUGGCUGCCCAUCCUGGCGGUCCCACCGCCAGACUGGGCCCCGUUCCCAGUUAGGAUGAACUCGGAGCGCGUAGCACCAAGUGAGCCCUCAUCCUUCCCUUCUGAUCCCCCACUCAAGUCGCUCCCUGCCCUCACUCCCCCAGAAGAGCCUGGAGGCUUUGACUUCCUUGAUUCCUCGGUGCCCACCAAGAGGUUGUCUCCACCUCGGAGGAUCGGUGGACGGCUGUCCUCGGAGCGGGAGAAGGGUGCCGCUCCACGUGAAGGACUGCGUGCCACGCUGCCUUGGCAAGAGGGGCUCCCAGAGGUGAGUCUGUUGCUGGGUGGGGGUCAGAAGCCAUUUCUAGCUCUGCCCCCUGGCCUGAAAAGGAAGAUCCAGACUGCAGGGCCCCAUCGGGCUACUCACCAACAGGCAUGGGAAAUGCUCCUUGUACGUCGACGUGGGCAGCUGGCAAAGUUACCUGAGUUUCAGGAGGCUGGACCCAAGGAGGCUGGACCUCGGCCUGCAGAGCUCCCUCGUGAGAUCAGAGCUGUGUCCUCUAUGGAGGCUGGACCCUCAGCAGCCCUGUCAGAGUCCUCUCCUCCUACCCCAGUGAUCCCUGGGGUGGCGCUGCCACACCCAGACCAGGUGCAGGCCCAGCAUCCAAAGCCCACUGACGUCGCCACUCAACCUUCAGUGGUGAAAGAUUUCACUGUGCAGAGUGCACAGAGCCCCAGAACACACAGGGAAGUGUGCCAGCUGUGUUCCUGCCGGGAGGAGACCCUGUCUUGCACUGGCCUCAGCCCCACGCAGAGGCUGCACGGAGUGCCUGCCCUGGAGUCCAGCCCCUACGACACCACCUUCACCGUCCUAAACUUCCAAGGAAAUUCUAUCUCUUCCCUCGAGAAGAACGUGUGGACAACAUACCAGUGGGCUGAGAGACUAAAUCUCAGUGAAAACUCCCUGACUGAAUUACGAAAAGACUCCUUUGCAGGCCUGUGGUCCCUGCAGUACUUAGAUUUAUCCUGCAAUAAAAUACAGUCAAUUGACAGAGGGACAUUUGAAUCACUACCCUUUUUGCAGUUCAUAAAUCUUCGUUGCAAUUUACUCACAGAACUGAGCUUCGGAACAUUUCAGGCAUGGCACGGGAUGCAGUUUUUACACCAAGUAAUCCUCAACCAUAACCCGCUGACAACUAUCGAGGAUCCAUCUCUUUUUAAGUUACCGGCGUUAAAACACCUAGACUUGGGAGCAACACACGUGCCCCUUGUAGUGCUGGAGAACAUCCUCGCUGUGACUCUGGAGUUGGAAAAACUGAUCUUGCCGAGCCACAUGGCCUGCUGCCUCUGCCAAAUUAAAAGUGACAUCGAGGUUGUGUGCCAGACGGUGAAGCUGCACUGUGACGGCACCUGCCUGUCCAACACCACACAGUGCCCGGAGGCAGCAGCCAUGGGGAACGUGGAAGGGGCGCUGAUGAAGGCGCUGCAGGCCCGGAAGGAGAGCACCAGCACCCAGCUGACCAUCGAGCCCGAGGCGUCGUCUCCCCAGCAAAGUGUGGCGCCCUGGUCGGGCUUCGUGAAUGAGCAGCUCGACUUUCAUGACGAAAGUGACGUGAUCAGUGCCCUCGGUUCCAUAGUGCCCUAUCUCUCCAAGGGAAACCCGGAAGACAUGCAGUCGGCUCUGCUGCUGUUCAUUCAACUGCUUUUUCCACCUCAACAUGGAGAUGAUGACCAGGAAAGGAAGUCCUUCUUGAUCCCUGAGUCCAGCAGUUACAAAAAUAGACUGAAAAAGCUGUAUUUCCUCAGAAAUUGGUUAGACACAGAAAUACGGAGAAAAAUCGAGGAGGUUAAGAAGGAAGAGAACCCUGUUAGCGUUAUACAGCCCCGCCUCUCGGGUCCCGAAGUGGAAUCACAGACCUUGAGCAGAGCACUGGCAAGGGCUCCGACGCAGGAGGACAGCGUGGCUCAGCUGCUGACAGGAAGGAGAAGGCUGGGCACAGUGGACGAGGUCCUGAGGGGCCUGAAGGGCACAGGUAAAAGUCUGCUCAAGGGCAGGCAGGAGCAGCCGGUCAGGGAGACGCAGGUCACCCGGCCCCUCAGAGGAGAAGCCUCGGGGUCCCCGGCGCCACGGAGCUGGAGCAGCGUCUCGGGAUCGCCCGGGCCCGGGAACCUGGCCGGAAACUCCGUCUUCCCAGAGGGACAGAGGGCAGCUGCCCCUUCCUCCCUGCGGGGCCUCUGGCUGGGCAGCUCCCCCACCUCCACCCCCGCCAGAGCCCAGCCCGUGGGGAGAAGCAGGGGGACAGACUUCACCCGCAGCACAUGGCUUCUCAACCUCGCGCGGGACAGAGCGCUCACAGGGCAGGCCUGGCAUUCACAAGAGAGUCGCCCCUGGGCUCAAACUGUCUCCCCUGUGGCCCGCGGAACAGCCCAGGACAACCCGAGGGCAGAGAUCCCCGAGGGAAAUGCACGCAGCGGCCAGAGCCCGGCGAGGAGGCCUGGGUUCUCGGCCCUGAGGAGCCUCCUGGACUCCCCUUCACUAGGCUUCCUGUCAGCGCCGGGAGACCUGCGUGUGUCCGCUGCAAGCUCUGCCUCGGCCUCGCCACCCGAAGAUGUCGCCUCCCCUGCGCUGCCACCGUCCCCGAGGGACGGGUUAGAGGCUCAGCUGAACCAGAGGCUGCAGCCGCUCAUCCCGGACGCUGACCUGCGGAGGCUCGUCGCCCAGGUCAUCAGCAUUUUGAAAACGGACUGCACGGAGUUCCCCGCGCACCCCGCCUGCAGCAAGCUCCUCUCCAAGACACACCUCCUGCUGAUGCUUCUCAGCAAACAGCAGGAGGCCAACGUGUCCCAGGCCCAGUGGGAGCCGGAGCAGCCGUUUGCGGGCCCCGCUGGAGCUCACGGCAAGAAGGGACAGCCGACGCCUCGGACGUUCCGAGAGCAUCUUGCGGAAUACAGUUCUACGUACCAAUACAUCAUCCUGGCAUUGGCAGCCCUGGUGGUGGUACUGAUGGCUGUCAUCGUCGCCCUGUGCGUCCUGCGGAGUUACCGGCGCAGAAAAGCCUGGACAGAAGGUGUAGAGGCUUUGAGGAAGUCCAGCGAAGAGGCAGGGCCUGGAGAAUCGGCCGGAUUUGAGGAGAGUGACACGGAGAAUGAUGAACUAGCGGAGGUGCUGACCAACUGACCCCAUCGUGCGCCACUCACCGGCACGUUUUACUCAUUAAUAAAAAUUAACUUUGUCAAAA